AUGUCUUUGGUGGAGGAAAGUGGCUUCUUCGAGGACACUUCCGCACCGUCUUAUCUCGACUCAUUUGUGGCACAGAAUGGCUGGUGUCAUCGCUUCUUGACCGGAACCGCCAUGUACUCCGGAAAUUCCCAUGGUUCACGCCCCCCCAACCCCGCCCCCCCUCCCCCCGCCCCAGAUAUACAAGAAAACACCCUACUACCUGAACCGCAUAUCGCACCCCCAGACCGCAUAGUACACACCGACGUCGGAAUGGGCAACACCCCAGAUGCCCAGGAUGACGACGACGAAGAUGAAGAGGACGAAGAGGAGGAAACCCCCGUUGGGGAAUCCGUCCUUUCAUUCGGAGAUUCCGAGCCGAGCCGCGCCCUACAGCUGGCUAUCGGCUCUCUAGUCACCAUCACGGCCUUCCUCAACAAGAACGACCUCGAGACCAUGGCCAAAACCCAAGUCGACCUCAACAACCACGCCCUCGAGCCCUUCCACAACACCCUCUCCUCUCUCGUCCACAGCUGGGCUCACUCGUCGGGCAAGGCGACGAUCCCCAUCACAGCGUAA